AUGAAGGGUUUGCAGUCGAUGAGAUAUGUAGCUGUAGACGCUGUUGACAUCUCGAUCGUGGAAGAAGGAUUCAUAGUCGGUUGAGUAACCGUAGGUUUUGACCUCAUCUCCGUCGUUGAAGAAGGUGAUGAAGUAGUGUUAGAUGUUGAGCUGAUAUUCGUCGUAGACGAAGGAUUCAUAGUCGAUGAGAUAGCCGUAAUCGUUGAUCUCAUGUCAGCUGUUGAAGAAAGAUUUGUAGUGGAUGUUGAGCUGAUCUCAGUCGUUGAAGAUGCGUACGACGAUGACGUAGGCAUAGACGUUGAUCUCAUCUUCACCGUGGAAGAAGAAGAUUCAUUAUCCGUUGUGUCGGAUGUAGAUGAACCAACAGUUGAUGACAUCGCAGUAGAUGUCCACUUCUUUCUUGUUUUCGUGUAA